AUGCCGCCUCGACGGGCAGCCGCUGCCUCAUCGGCGUCCGCCGUCAACAGAGCGCGCGACUCGACCGCUUCCACCAGCAGCGCCACACGUUCCACCCGCUCAUCCCGCGCCUCCACGGCAUCAACCGCGGCCGCAGCACCCGCACCAGAGAUCGCCCCUGCCGCCCCUACGUCGACGACAGCAAGGAGGUCCACAAGACGCUCCAGCGCAGCCGCUUCCGCCACCGCGGCGCCCGCUGCUCCAACCUCGAAGCCGGCUUCCGCGGCACGGUCGCGCGGUAGAAAGGCGGCCGUGAUUGAGAGCGAAUCGGAGGAAGAGGAGGAGGACGACGAGGACGACGAAGAGGGCGAUGAGGAAGAGGACGACCAAGAGGACGAGGACGAGGAAGGUUCGGAAGAGGACGACGAGUCCGAAGAAGAAGAGGAGGAGGAGGAGGAGGAGGUCGUCAAGCCGCGCUCAAGAGGGCGUGCCGCAGCGCCGGCAUCCUCUCGCAAGUCUGCACAGCCUGCACCGGCUGCCAAGAAGGCGGCGGCACCCGCCCGGGCGGCGCGCGGCACCAAGCGCGUGCUCAACAGCGAUGCAGAGGACAGCGAGCAGUCGUCGGACGAAGAGGACGAGGCCGACCGCACCCUCUCGGACGAGGCCGACGCCGACGAGGUAGAAAAGUCGCUCCUCCUCGACGCCGCCCCAAUGCAGCCCGGCGCCACCGCGGCUGCAGCUUCCGCCGGCGAGGACGACGACAGCGAGGCAGAAACCGAAGACUCGUUGACGCCGCCGCCAAAGCGCAAGCGUCCCUCUCCCGAGCCGACCGCAGCCGCGGCCGCGCCCAAGUCAGAGCCAGCACACAAGCAGCAGCCGGCCGUGGAGCAGGGCAGCGACGACGAAUCGGACAGCUCCGAGGCCUCGUUCAAGGAGGCCGAGCCGGGCGUCUCGCCGGGCGAGGGCGGCUACGACGACGAAGCAGCAGCUGCCGACGGCGUCGAGACCACGCCGAAGCAGGGCAGCCCCACCGCCGCCGUCCUGCAGCAGGCGACCGCGGCGGCGGCCGCCACCACGCCGCCCAAGCCCGCCGGCCCGCUCAAGCGCCUCAUCAUCCACAAGAUGGUGCUCAACAACUUCAAGUCGUACGCCGGCCGUCAGGAGAUCGGGCCGUUCCACAAGUCGUUUUCGAGCGUCGUCGGCCCCAACGGCAGCGGCAAGAGCAACGUCAUCGACUCGCUGCUGUUCGUGUUUGGCUGGAGGGCGAACAAGAUGCGCCAGGGCAAGCUGAGCGAGCUGAUCCACAACAGCGCCGGCCGCGAGAACCUGCCCAACUGCAGCGUCGAGGUGUGGUUCCGCGAGAUCGUCGACCUGCCCGGCGAGGCGUACAAGGUGGUGCCCAACAGCAAGCUCGUUGUGUCGCGCACCGCGUUCCGCAACAAUGCGUCGCAGUACUCGAUCAAUGGCCGCAAGUCGACGUUCACCGAAGUGACGACGCUGCUCAAGGGCCGCGGCAUCGACCUCGACCACAAGCGCUUCCUCAUCCUCCAGGGCGAGGUCGAGAGCAUCGCCCAGAUGCCGCCCAAGGCCAAGAACGAGCAUGAAGAGGGCCUGCUCGAGUACCUCGAGGACAUCAUCGGCACCAGCGAGUUCAAAGUGCCCAUCGAGGAGCAGGCCAAGCUCGUCGACGAGGCCAACGAGCGCAGGGCCGAGAAGUUGGCGCGCUUGAAGAUCGUCCAGAAGGAGAAGGACGCGCUCGAGUCCAAGAAACGCCAGGCGGAAGAGUACCUGCGCGACCAAAACGAGCUGACGCAGCGGCAGUCGGCGCUGUGGCAGGUGUACAUCCUCGAGUGCCGCGACCAGAUGAGCGUGGCGUCGCAGGCGAUCGAGUCGCUGCGCGCGCGCAUCGCCGAGGAGACCGAGAAGCACGCCGGCUCCAAGGCCGAGAUCGAGGCGCUGGAAAAGGAGUACGAGGCCGUCGUCCAGGACUACGAGGCCAUCGCCAAGAGCGCCGACAAGGUCAUCAAGGAGCUCGCCAAGUACGAAAAGGAGGACGUCCAGCUGCAGGAGAAGCGCAAGCACCUCGAGACCAAGCGCAAGAAGUGCACCAAGAGCGUCGCCGAGGACAAGCACGCGGCGUCCGAGGCGCGCUCGACGGCGAGCAACUCGACCGAGGAGAUCGAAAAGGUGUCGGCCGAGCUGGCCCGCCUCGAGGCGUCGCUCGAAAAGGAGGAGGCCGAGCUGGAGCGCGUGCGCGACUCGCUCAAGGAAAAGACGCAGGGCUUCAGCGCGGCCAUCGAGAAGAAGCAAAAGGAGCUGCAGCCGUGGGUGGCCAAGGUCAGCGAAAAGGCGGCCGCCCGCGACGUUGCCCGCGAGGAGCGCGACCUGCUCGACGGCCGCUCGGCGCAGAUCGAGAAGAGCAUCGACGAGGCCAAGGAGGCGCUGCGCAACCUCGAGCUCGACAACGAGAGCAAGGGCGCCGAGGUCGAGAACCUCAAGCAGGAGCGCAAGGACCUGGCCAAGAAGAUCGCCUCGAGCGAGAGGCAGCUCGCCGACAUGCGCACCCAGGAGGCAGAGCUGCGCAAGAAGGCCGGCGCGGCCCGCAGCAAGGCCGACGAGGCCAAGGCCUCGGUCACGGCCAACCGCUCGCGCGGUGACGUCCUGUCGAGCCUCACGCGCCAGGCCGAGCUCGGCAUGAUCAAGGGCUUCCACGGCCGCCUCGGCAACCUGGGCACCAUCGACGACCGCUACGACGUCGCCAUCAGCACCGCCUGCCCCGGCCUCAACAACAUCGUCGUCGAGACCGUCGAGACGGGCCAGGCGUGCAUCGAGCACCUGCGCAAGAACAACCUCGGCCGCGGCAACUUCAUCGUGCUCAACAGCCUCGGCAUCUCCAAGGCGGCGCUGGCGCCCAUCGACACGCCCGAGGACGUGCCGCGCCUCUUCGACCUGGUCAAGCCGCGCGACGAGCGCUUCGCCGCCGCCUUCUACCACCAGCUGCGCGACACGCUCGUGGCCAAGGACCUCGCGCACGCCAACCGCAUCGCCUACGGCGCCAAGCGCUGGCGCGUCGUCACUCUCGACGGCCAGCUGAUCGACAAGAGCGGCACCAUGUCCGGCGGCGGCAACCGCGUCUCGCGCGGCGCCAUGAGCUCCAAGCUGGCUGCCGACGACGUGUCGCCGGAGCAGCUGCAGCGCAUGGAGCGCGACCGCGACGCCGCCGAGGAGAUGCUGCGCGGCCAGCUGACGUCGAUCCUCACCGUCGAGCAGAUGCUCGACGACCACCGGCGCCGCGCGCCGCAGAUCGACAUGGCGCUCGACAAGAUCGGCAUGGACCUGGGCAUCGGCGAGAAGCGCGUCGCCGAGGCCAAGCAGCGCGUCGCCGAGCUCAAGGCGCAGAGCAAGCCCGACGCCGCCGACGCCAAGCGCAUCGCCGAGCUCGACAAGCAGAUCGCCGCCUUUGACAAGGACAUUGCCAAGCUGUCGGAGAAGACCGAGGCCAUCGAGGCCGACAUUGCCGCGCUCCAGGAAAAGAUCCUCGAGGCGGGCGGCGUGGCGCUGCGGAUGCAGAAGAGCAAGGUCGACGGCAUCAAGGAGAUGCUCGACCUGAGCUCGGAGCGCAUCACCAAGGCCGAGGUGGCCAAGUCCAAGGCCGAAAAGGACGUCAAGAAGCUCGAGGCGGCCAUGGCGCGCAACCAGCAGCAGCUCGACGAGCUCGAGCGCGAGGUCGAGGAGCUGAUGCAGACCAUCGAGGCCAAGACGCGCGCGGCCGAGAGCGUGCGCGCCAAGGUCGCCGAGGCGCAGGACGUCAUGGAGACCAAGCAGGAGGAGCGCGACGACAUCAAGGCGCAGCUCGACGAGCGCUCCGAGUCGGUCAACGCCUUCCGCGCCCUCGAGAUGGAGAUCAAGCAGAAGCUCGAGGACAACGAGCGCUCGCUCCACGACAACGAGAAGCGCCUCAAGCACUGGCAGGACAAGCACGCCCAGCUCACCCUCCACGAGAUCGACGGCGAUGACGAGGAGGACGACGACGAGGGCGAGGGCGAGCAGGACGGCGCCGGCGAGGCCAAGAAGAAGCGGGCCAGCGACGACGACGGCCAGGACCAGGACCAGGAUGACAACGAUGACGACGACGAGGGCCCGCUCGAGCUGCAAGAGUACCCCGAGGACGAGCUGCGCGCCAUCGACAAGGAAAGCAUCAAGGCCGAGAUUGUCGUCUACGAGGAAAAGGUGGCCAAGGGCCAGGGCAACCUCUCGGUGCUGGCCGAGUACCGCAAGCGCGAGGGCGAGUUUCUUCAGCGGGCGCGGGACCUCGAGGCGACAACCGAGGAGCGCGACUCGGCCAAGCGGCGGUACGACGACCUUCGCAAGCAGCGGCUCGAGAACUUCAUGGCCGGCUUCGGCGUCAUCACGGCCAAGCUCAAGGAGAUGUACCAGACCAUCACGCUGGGCGGCAACGCCGAGCUCGAGCUCGUCGACAGCCUCGACCCGUUCUCGGAGGGCAUCAUCUUCAGCGUGAUGCCGCCCAAGAAGAGCUGGAAGAACAUCAGCAACCUCUCGGGCGGCGAAAAGACGCUGUCGUCGCUGGCGCUCGUGUUUGCGCUGCACGUCUUCAAGCCGACGCCGCUCUACGUCAUGGACGAGAUUGACGCCGCGCUCGACUUCCGCAACGUCAGCAUCGUGGCCAACCUGAUCAAGGAGCGCACCAAGGGCGCGCAGUUCAUCAUCAUCUCGCUGCGCAACAACAUGUUUGAGCUGAGCAGCCGCCUUGUUGGCGUGUACAAGACGGCCAACUGCACCAAGAGCAUCGCCAUCGACAACCGCGAGCUCGGCGCGGACGAGCAGCAGCAGCAGCAAGCGGCGGCGGCGGCAGCGGCCAGGGACAACAAGGAAAACGAGCAGGGUCUGAGGCACAGCCAGAGCAUGAUGUCGUUCAAAACUCCGGCCAGGGCCGGGCCUGGUGGCUUGGGCUUGGGCGGCGCGGGUGCGGGUGGAUUGGGUCGGAUGUCGACGGCGGGUAUGGCGACGGGCGUGCAGGCCAAGAGAUUCGUCAGCCUCGCCACGCCCUCCGUCGCCCACCAGCAGCACCCUCAGCAGCAGCAGAAGAGACCGCCGGUCCUCUCGCAGAUCUGA